CAGCCAACCCCCACCAUGGUGUCCAUGGGGCUCCAGCUGCUGGGCUACACCGUGGCCUUCCUGGGCUACAUCGGCACACUGACAGCCACGCUGCUGCCCAGCUGGAAGACCAGCUCCUACAUCGGCUCCAGCAUCGUGACAGCUGUGAGCUUCACCAAGGGGCUGUGGAUGGAGUGUGCCACGUACAGCACGGGCAUCACACAGUGUGACAUCUACAGCUCCCUGCUCAACCUGCCUGCUGACAUCCAGGCAGCCCAAGCCCUGAUGGUGAGCUCCUGCGCCGUCUCCUCCCUCGCCUGCCUCCUUGCUGUUGUGGGUAUGAGGUGCACUGUCUUCAGUCAGGGCUCGCCGGGCAAGGACCGGGUGGCGGUGGCAGGUGGUGCAGUGUUCAUCCUUGGGGGGAUGCUCUGCUUCAUCCCACUGGUGUGGAACAUCCACGUGGUGCUGCGGGAUUUCCGCAACCCCGUUCUCCCCGACAGCAUGAAGUUCGAGCUCGGGGAGGCUCUUUACCUGGGUAUUAUCUCCUCCCUCCUCUCCCUCAUCGGUGGUUUCAUCCUCUGCACUUCCUGCCCUGCCCGGGACACAACAGCCACCUACACAAGCACCUACCAGUCUCAGCUGCUUGCAAACAAGAGCCCUCGGCCCUCUGUCAGCCAGAUGCAGAAGACCAAGAGUGAGGUCAACUCCUACAACCUGACGGGAUAUGUGUAG